CAGGUGCCGCGCGCGCUCGCUGCUCUGCUGUCGUGAACAGCUCUGAGGAAACGCCGCUUUCUAUUCACAUAGCUUCAACUCUUUUUAUUCUCUUUCACUGUGACUUCCCGCACUGUCUCCGCAGUCAUUUUCUCCCAUGCUUCGUCAUUUCGUCGAACAAACGACGUCUUUCGUUUUCUGUCAUUUAAAAAACACAAUCUCCCGUGUGUUUUGGCAGUAAGGGCUUCUGGAGAGGAUGGCGGCUAUCAAGGCGCUCCACCAGUGGUGUAAGAAUCAGUGCGAUGGAUAUAGAGAUGUGACCAUCAACAACAUGAGCACAUCUUUCAAAGAUGGACUGGCCUUCUGUGCUUUAAUCCACAAGUUCAGACCGGACCUCAUAAACUUUGAGUCUCUCUCCAAAGACAAUGUGUAUUACAACAACCACUUGGCGUUCCGUGUGGCUGAAGACCAUCUGGGAAUCCCAGCUCUUCUGGAUGCAGAGGACAUGGUGGCAUUGCCCGUCCCAGACAGACUCAGCAUCCUCACAUAUGUCUCGCAGUACUAUAAUUACUUCCACGGCCGCUCACCAAUCGGGGGAGUUGGAGGUAUCAAGCGGCAUGCUGAGGACUCAAAGGAGGUGCCAUCAGAGAAGAAGAAUCUGCCUGUGGUUGCCAAAAACCACAAUCUCAAAACAAAUACAGAGAACCGUCCUCCUCAUACCGAAAUGCCAAAAAGUAUCAGAGACAACCAUCCUCCAUCUCUUAGCAUCCAGAAAAGUGCUCCAGAGAAGCACGUUCUAGCUGCUCCAGCUCGGCAGACUGGCACAGACUGGAAGAAAUCUCCAGGGGCGAAAUGUGUGCAGGCGCCCGUCGCACCACUCAGAGCGAGAUCUCCACAACCACACAGAGCUGCUGAGAAGAAAACUGUUUUGGCGGAGAGCUCAAAUAAAACCGGCACAUUGAACAGUGAAUGUGCAGUAUGUGGAAAUCACGUGCAUUUGGUCCAGAGGCACCUGGUAGAUGGGAAACUUUACCACCGGAGCUGCUUUAAGUGUAGUGUAUGCUAUGGCACGCUGAAAUCUGGGGCAUAUAAACUGGGAGCGGACACUGGCUCACUGGUCUGCACUAUUCACCAACAUGCCCAAAAUGGCUUCAAGCCUGUGGUUAAGAGCAGUGGCUUUACGCUCGCUGAUUUGGGACCCAAAUCUGACCGUGGAGAUCAGCCAUCUUCACAGCGCUACACCUCUGUGUUAUCUACACCCGUCAAGGCUGUGCCCAGACCAGUGGAGCUCAGUCUCGCUCCACAGUCAUGGACGGCCUCUGCUCAGAGGACUCAGGCAGCCAGGCAGAAGUUCUUUCAGUCCUGUGGCCCAGCAGCAGAGCACCGGCCCACCGCAAAACAGCAGUCAGGCCCCUCAGAGUCCAUCACCAAUCAGAACGCCAGUCUGAAGGAGGAGAAAGACCGAACCAGUGCCCUGACAAACGGAAAACAACUACUUGAAGGAAACCGAAAUAACAACAAUGCGCUUAAUAGUGACCCAGGAGCACACCGGCAGAUAAAAAUCAGAUGCUCUUCUGCUGAGGUGUCCAGCUGGAGGCAGGAGUUACACGGGCGAGAUGCAACAGGAAGGAGCUUGCAUCAGGCCACUCCAUCCAGCCUUGCUAUCAGCAGUAGCAGCAUGAACAGCAAAGAAUCCUUCUACCUCAGUGCCAUCAGCAAGGAGCGCAGCAGACCUCCAUCCCUGCUGCUUUCUACUGCCAAAGCCAAAGAUAUUCAGAGCUGCGACGCCCCAACCGACUGGAGAUCAAAGCCAAAGGCAGCUCCAAAUGGACCAAGACUAAAAUCUCAUGGUAAUGCCAAGGAUGUCCCGUUGACUUGUGGAAAAAACAAAAGUGAACAUUGUUUGAAGGUCCAAGAUACUUCAAGAGCUCCAGCCUCCUCUAUAUCAAACAACUCUCAUUGCUCCAACAAUGUUGCCCUGAAAACUGAAAGGGAACAGCAGCAAGGGACCUGGGUCCAAAAUGGAGCAUGUACACCACCAGGUUCUUCUGCCCCUAUCCAGCCAUUCAGUCCUGUUGUCUCAUGUUUGGGAGAGACUUGUCGUGGGCAGGGUUUGAAACCCGACUGUGUCUUGCCCUCUCAGUCCUGUCACGAAGCUUCAUCUCCAAAACAAACUCGCUGCAGGUCUGCGAUGUCCAGUUACGACAAUGGAAAUAUUUCAUCCAAAAAUGGCUUGCUGCUUGAAACGAGGUCACCUUCUAUAAAGCCUUGCCACAUCACACCAGAUCAGAUCUCAAAAGAGCUGCAGGACAUUGAGAACAAUCUGAAUGAUUUGGAGAAUGAAGGUGUGGAGUUGGAGAUGAGACUUCGCGUUUAUGAAGAAGAGGGUCAUGGGGACCUUCUGAUGGAUCCCUUGAUGGUGGACUGGUUUAACCUGAUUCGGAAAAAACAAAGCUACAUCCGCAGGGAGUCAGAGUUGAUGUACAUAGCAAGAACACAGGAUCUGGAGGAGCAGCAGCCAGGAGUAGAAGGAGAGCUCAGGAGAUUAAUUAAUAAACCAGAACAUCUCAAGACUCUGGAUGAGAAGAGGAGGGAAACAGAGCUGUUGAACAGACUGAUGAAGAUCGUGAAUGACAGGAACGCUAUUGUUGAGGGGCUGGAGGAGGACAGGUUACGGGAGGAGGAGGAAGAUCAACAGUUGAACGAAAUGAUGCAAAGACUAGGUCUUCAGAAGUUUAAAAACAAACGCAAGUCGUCCUUCUCCAAGUUAUUUAGACGGAGAAGUAAAAAAGCUUCAAUGGGAGAGUGAACUUCAGAUCUACUGGAGUGCAGUGAUCCAGAUCCUGUACAGUGAUCCAAGUCCAGAUUUCACCUAAGAAGGUUUGGGACUAAGAAUCACAACUCUCUCAGGCGGCUCAGUGAGGUAGUUUGAGUUCUUGGAGCAAAAUUUUUCUUUAAAAACACUUUAUUUUUUAAAAUUAUUAUUCUGGUUAUGUUCUGAUAGUUUUCACUUAUUUGAUUUAGCUAAUACUUGUUCUAAUUAUUUGCUUUAAGUGUUAAACAUUGUUGGUCCUACAGUAUUUGCUUAUUUUUGCCUUCGUUUUUAAAUGCGUGGGCUAGUUUGAAUAUUUGUUCAAAAUGUACAAUUCUUUUCUUUUUUUUCUUUUUCUUUUUUUCUUCUUCCACCCCCACUUGUUCAGACAUAAAUGGUAACUUAUAUUAGCAGAUAAACAGAUGUCCAAGAUUGGCUGAAGCAUGCUUCUUGACUGUGAUCCAGGAAUCUUUGGAGCAUCUUAAUUUAACUCUAACCUCCAAAAAAAAAAAAAAGUUGAACUGUGCCGCCUGCUAAAUCUAG